UUGAGAUUGAGACAGAUACAGUUAAUCAUACAUAUAUCUCAAUCUGAAACCAUUGGAUCCUCCCAUUCCAUGUCUAAUUGCUAUUGAAGUUGUAAAGAAAACUAACAAUAUAAAAUAGCCAUAUGAGGUCUGCAGGCUCCGAUCCCCCCCACAUGCCAUCAUGAAAUGCUAAUCGAUUAUCUCACAUAUCAUUCUUCAAUUCUCAGAUCUGAUAAUAAUCUGUUUUGAUUUGUGUCAUCAGAAUCCGGGCGGGAAUAUAAUGGAAUUCUUCAAGAAAGCAAAAUCGGUGAGGCUAAAGAGCCAUCACGACAAAUAUCUACUAGCGGAUUCAGAUAAGGAAUCGGUGUUCCAAGACCGAAGUGGCACGCGCAAGUCGGCGAAAUGGACGGUCGAAUUCGUGGAAGGAUUCGACAAUGUGAUACGCCUAAAGAGUUGCUACGGAAAAUACCUCACGGCCAUGGACGAGCAAUUUCUCCUGGGCGUAACGGGAAGACGAGUUCGCCAAACAACGCCUAAGAAAUUGGACUCAAAGCUGGAAUGGGAGCCCAUCAUAGAAGACAGCCGAGGACGGCGAGGAGUGAAGCUGAAAACCAGGUACGGCAAUUAUCUCCGCGCCAAUGGAGGGUUACCCCCUUGGAGAAACUCAAUCACUCACGACAUUCCUCACCGCCAUCAAAACUGGAUUCUAUGGGAAGUCGAUGUCGUUGAGACCCUGCCUGAGUCGCCGAAGAAGGUGCCGCGAUCGGAGGACGGCGACGAUGAUUUGACCGAUUUCAGACUUUCGUCGUCGACUUUGAGGAGAUCGGCGAGUGAAUCGUUCGCUUCGUCGCAGGGUGGGCGGCUAAUCUAUUACUAUGUGGCGGACGAUAGGGGGAAGGUUAAUGAUGCGGUUGAAGGGCAAUCGUUCCAAUUUAAAGGGCAUUGUUUAGAACAAUUGACUGAGAAGUUGGAGGAAUUGACAGGGCUUGAGAGCAUCAUCGUGUGCCUGCGCAAUCCCUUCACUGGCAAGUUCUCCCCCCUGCGGCUCGCGCUUCCCCCAAACAAUGCAACCAUGCAUAUUGUGGUACUUCCACCUACAUCUAGAGCCGCAAGAGAAUUUAUGCCAGAAUCUGCGCCACGUUGAAAAUGUACAUACUCCAUGUAUAUAUCUUUAUCUGAUCCAUAUGUAUUCCACAUAAAGCUAGUUAUAUACAGAGCAUUCAAAACAAGUGAUGAACAAAGAUGGCCCAUUUUUAAGUUGAGAGUGCACCAAAGUGAUAGACCGGCUAUGUGAUGUUUAUUAGUAAAGUUUGGAUUUCU